UGGAAGUCCAGUGAGGAUGGACUCUCGGCAAAUCCUGCAGCUUUUGAUCGUUUUGUCGGGAUUAAACGGAGCCUGUGACGCUCUGUUCUGUAACUGCACCUUACCACACUGUGAAAAGAAUGGUUUUAGGUGCGAGACAAAUGGGGCAUGUGUGGCCUCCACAUCUAUCAUUGAUGGAGAGGAGCAGCAUGUGCGGCUCUGCAUUCAAAAAGAUAAACUGGUUCCUCCAGGUCAGCCGUUUUACUGCCUCAGUGCUGAAGGACUGAUGAACACACACUGCUGUUAUACAGAUUACUGCAACAGCAUUGUCCUCAGACUACAAACCGGCCAGGAUUGGGGUCCAGUGGAGCUCACAGCAGUAGUGGCAGGUCCACUGUUUGUGCUGUGUGUUCUGGUUCUGCUGGGGAUGUUCCUCUUCCAGCACAACCAAAGGGCUUACAGUCACCGACAGAGACUGGAGGUGGAGGAUCCCAGCACUGAACACAUGUUUCUGGCCAAGGACAAGACCUUACAUGACCUCAUCUAUGACCUCUCCACUUCUGGAUCUGGGUCCGGUCUGCCUCUAUUUGUCCAAAGAACAGUUGCUCGUACUAUAGUACUGCAGGAGAUCAUCGGUAAAGGUCGGUUUGGGGAGGUGUGGAGGGGUAAGUGGAGAGGAGGAGAUGUUGCAGUUAAGAUCUUCUCCUCUCGUGAAGAACGCUCCUGGUUUCGUGAAGCUGAAAUCUAUCAGACCAUCAUGCUUCGACAUGAGAAUAUUCUGGGCUUCAUUGCAGCAGACAACAAAGAUAAUGGCACAUGGACUCAGUUGUGGCUGGUGUCAGACUAUCAUGAGAACGGUUCUCUGUUUGACUAUCUGAACCGAUUUUCAGUCACCAUUGAAGGCAUGAUUAAACUGGCACUGUCAGCUGCCAGUGGACUGGCACACCUGCACAUGGAGAUUUUGGGCACUCAGGGUAAGCCUGGCAUCGCUCACCGUGACCUGAAAUCAAAAAAUAUCUUGGUGAAAAAAAACUGUACGUGUGCUAUCGCUGAUCUCGGCCUGGCAGUUCGUCACGAGUCUGUCACAGACACCAUCGACAUUGCACCCAACCAACGUGUUGGCACUAAGAGGUAUAUGGCACCUGAGGUUCUGGAAGAGAGCAUAAACAUGUGUCACUUUGACUCGUUUAAAUGCGCUGAUAUCUACGCCUUGGGACUCGUGUAUUGGGAGAUCACUCGCCGCUGCAAUGCUGGGGGUAUUCAUGAAGAGUACCAAUUGCCCUACUAUGACCUGGUGCCCUCUGACCCUUCUAUAGAGGAAAUGAGGAAGGUGGUGUGUGACCAGAGGUUACGACCCAACAUCCCCAACUGGUGGCAGAGCUAUGAGGCAUUGCGCGUGAUGGGGAAGAUCAUGCGAGAGUGUUGGUAUGCGAACGGUGCUGCCCGACUGACGGCUCUUCGUAUAAAAAAAACCCUAUCUCAACUCAGCGUGGACGAAGAUGUCAAAAUCUAAAUGAAAUGCUACCUUCUGUGACAGACUGUAACACUCCCAGGAAAGCAAAAGUGUACAGAAACACUACCACUCUAAACUAUCCUGCCAAUUUGAAAGAAAAGUAUUUCUGCCCACUAAGUUGUGACAGAGGCUACCUCAUCCCCACCGCCAAAUCUACUGAAUCCUAUGGUACCCUAAAGCCCUUUCUGCAACCGUCUCUUCCUUCUUUUCAUAUUCCAGUCUUUAUCCUCUGAAAUUAACUCCAAUAAAUACCCAAAACAAGUACUACUGACACAGCAAAUAACUAACCUUUGCUGAACACAUUUUUAACAUAACAUUUCUCUUUAAAUCCCCAAAGAUCACUUGUUUAAAAACAGGAAUUCUAGAAUGACUAGGUAUUGUUAGUAACCCUUUUAAUUUCUAGCCAACUGUUUGCUAAAGAUAUACAGCAAAAAUUAUUUUCUUAAUCAGUAUGUCUUUUUGUUUGUAAAAUAUCUAAACAUCCUUAAAACAAGAUAUUUUUAUGCGAGAAGCAGAAUUUAAUAUAUUAAUAUUUGAUUCAAAGAAUGAAUCUUGGCUGACUUUUUCUAUUUAUCGGGAAAUGUAUAUAUUUUUUAACAUCACAGCAUUUUGUUAGAUUUAUGCUGAAAACAGUUUUAAGCAACAGUUUUCCAAUGGGGUAAGAACAAAUAAAACACCGUCAAAAGUAUAUCUAACUUGGUCAAAGUACCAAAUGUAACUUUUGUUUGUACAUUUAUCUUGUUUUAUGGAAGUUUGAAUAUUUGUACUUCAAAAACAAGAAAAAAAGUACUGGUUAAAAAAAAAAUAUCAUAAGAAGAUUUGUGGUUUUGAUGCACUUUUGGUCUUAGAUCUGUCAAAAGCUAGCACACUACCUCGUUUAAGCAGUUUAGGCUCAAAUAUAGCUCUGUAAACUAUGUUGUGAAACCUGAUGCAGAUAGAUCACACUCCAGUUUGGUGGAGGACAUAACGGACAGUUUAGCUUGGUAAAUGGUGUGAAUUAGUGCAAGAAUGGCAGAUCAGACACAUUUAACCUGAUGGUACUGCUGGUUAAUGGUCUUGAGACAUGAUCAGUCAUUUUCUUUUAUUAGCACAAAAUAACCUUAUUUGCACAUUAUUAUGGUGGUUUUGUGAUAAUGAAGUGGAUUAUAGCCAUCUUGGUUUUGGAAUCGCAUACUGGCACACACGUCUAUACUUACUACUGAUUGGUACGGAGAUAUCUAUUUAUUUUAGCUUUUAGAUCGUUCAUAUUGUCCUUAUUUUUUUAUUGCCAUUCAAAUUUCAUCUCUGACUCCAUGGGCAACAACGCUACUGUACAUAGUAUAUUUUUAAAGUGUGGAAAUGUAAAUAACUUACCCUUUUUUUUCUUUUAAUUUACGAAUCCUUUGACUAAGCUAAUUUAAAGUGUUGGGUUCUUCACUUGAUGUUUUUACUUUCUGAGCAUUUGGCAAUCAGGUGUUAUGAAUGGUGGAAAUCGUAUGGGUCACAGGUUUGGUCCGUAAAGCCCAGUAAGAACUAUGUCAAGUACUGGAAAUGUUAUAUUGAAUUUUUGGUUUUCUUUAGCUAAAAGUGUUUUGCAUUUCACUGUAGCAGUAAAUUACACUAAAAUUGAUUGGACACUGAUAACGCACAUUUUAGCUGAGGACUAAUUGGAAAUUAUUUGUAGGGAAUUCUGAUAUUUAUUUACCCUCAAGUUGUUCCAAACCUGAAUUACUUGUAUUUCUUUCUUCAGUGAAACACACAAGAUGUUUAGCAGAAUGUCCACACUGCUCUUUUCCAUACAAACAAAAGCAGCUCUAAAAUGACCAAAAAAAAGCACUAUAAAUGUCAUACAACAUCUUUUAAGUGACGGGCAGACCAAUAAAGACUAAUAAAUUUUGUUUUCACCAAAGCGCUCAAAUUUAAUUCCCAGUUCAAAUUUGUCAUGAUCAUCAUAAAAUGUGCAAGAACCCCUGACAUCUUAGAUGUCAAACCUAUGAGAAUAUGUGCGAAUGAGAUUUGAGAACUGCAGCGGAGGGUAACAAGUGUGUAGAGCACUACAAAUAUGAAUUAAAAUUUUUGUCCCUUCUUUAAAAAAGCUCAAAUCUGGGUUACAGUGAGGCACUUACAAUGGAAGUCUAAGGGGCCAAUCCAUAAACCUUUAAAUACUCACGGUUUCAAAAGUAUAGCCACAAGAUGUAAACCAUAUAUGUGAUCUUACAAAAUAAAAACCCUUUUCUGUGUAAAGUUAUAUACCUAAAUAUGUAAAAACAACAAUUUAAACAACUCUACAGCUCAAAAUAAUUCACCAGUUUUAACAGAAUUAAUGGAAGUGCUUUUAUACAAUUUUAAGCUUUUAAAUAAUUUAUCAACAUUAUGUAAUCAACAUUAUGCCACAAAUGCUGUCGAUUGAGCUUAACUUGUUUUGAACCCAGAAUAUUCCUUUAAUGACUUGUUGGUCAUCGCAUAACUUCCGUGCAAUAGACUAUUUUCUAUUAUGAAAAGAACAAAUUAAUGUGAUUAUUUCUUAGU